AUGGAGUUGAAUCUCUCGGAUCGCUGUGAGCAUUUCUCCUGUCCAGAGAGAUCUGGAUCUCCUGCAGUUUAUAUCUUACUGUACGUGUGUUCAGCUGCUGUGGUUCUUCUAACGAUGUGUGGAAAUCUGCUCGUCAUCAUCUCUGUUUUUCACUUCAAGCAGCUUCACACACCGACCAACAUGUUCGUGCUCUCACUGGCCGUGUCGGAUUUCCUCAUCGGUGCUUUAGUGAUGCCGCCGAUGUUAAUCUGGACGAUCGAGUCCUGCUGGAUUUUUGGGAAAAACUUUUGCAUUGUCUAUUUAAUGACUACUGGAUUCCUCAUGAUUGUGUCCACAUACACUAUCGCUCUCAUCGCUGUGGAUCGUUAUGUGGCUCUUUCAACCCCAUUUUUUUACACAAACACAAUCUCUCUUAGGAUCAUGAGAAUCGUGGUUUAUUUGAACUGGUCUGUAAAUUUGGCAUAUAGUUUUUCACUCACUUAUUUUAAUGGAGUUGUCAAGACUACUGUAAUGUGUCCUGGACAGUGUUUUUUCUUUCUGACUGAGGUUUGGACUGUAAUUGACCUUAUAAGAUCAUUUAUAUUUCCACUUUCUGUCAUAAUCAUUUUGUACAGUCUGGUUUUUAUUAUCGCUAAGAAACACGCCACUGCUAUCAGAGAGCUUAAUAAUCACACACGACCUCAAACACAGAAAAUCACCUCCCACUCCAUGAAAUCUGAGAGAAAAGCAGCCAAAGUCCUCGGUAUUUUAGUGGCCGUGUUUCUGGCGUGUUUACUUCCGUAUUAUAUUUACAGUUUCUUAGGUGACGUUAUUGAAGUACAGGCAGAAAUAAUUCACAAAGUUUUGAUUAUGCUUUGUCUGAAUUCUACCAUUAAUCCAUUUAUUUACGCUCUGUUUUAUCCGUGGUUUAGGAGGUGCUUUAAAUUAAUUCUAACUCUGCAGAUAUUCCAAACAGACUCUGCAUUAAUCAAUGUUUUUUCUUGA